AUGAUACUAAGAUUUAUUAUGGAGUCGCAUAUUGACAAACCUGGAGUUAUAACGACUUCACUCACAGCUCGAUUAGCACAGACUUAUACUGCUCAAUUGGUACCUGAAUGCGCAAACUUCGAGCUAAGAGCAGUAGAGUGUUACGAAGCUUAUGGCUUUCAUGGUGGACAAAAGAGGAAGUUGUGCCAAAACUAUCUUGAUGAUCUUAGAGAAUGUAUAUAUCAAACAAGGUCUUAUUAUCGAAUAGCUGUAAUGCGCAAAGAAAGAAAGCGCCAAUACGAAGAGGGAAUUAGAGAUGAAAUUUAUGCCCCAUCACCGAUUCAAGAUUCGUCAUAA